AUGCUUAAAGCGUUACAAGAUGAAUUAUUAAAGAACAAUCUAUUUAUUGAGCAAUUUCAUGAUAACAUUUUGAGAGCAAAUGUAAUUGAUUUUAUACCUGAAUCUGAAUUUGAAGAUAGAAUAUAUAUUGAAGAAGAAAUUAUAUAA